AUGGACAGAGUGUGCGCUGCUGCAGUGUGCACGGCUUUUUCUGUGGCUUAUUCCGGGUACUUCUUCACCCACCUGGCACGUCACAUCGCCCGUGCCUGGAGAGAAUCCGCUCCUUGGAGCCCAAAACCAACAUCUGAGCCUCCUCUGGCUGAGUGUACUCCUGAAGAAGAGGCCAAAGGGAAGGAAGAUGCCCACCAAGCUGCAGAUGCUGCCACUGCAGAGCCUGAGCACCCAGCAUCAAGCACAGGGGCAGCGCCAGCACCUGCUCUGGCUGCCUCAGCAGCCGAGGAAGAGGCUGAAGAGGACGAAGGUGCCAGUGAAGCUGCCACUGCUGUCAGCCCACGGCCUGAGCUGCCAGCAUCAAGCUCCAGCGCCUCUGUCGUGGCACCUGCACGAGCUGCAGCUGCAGGCUCUGAAGAAGCCGCCAGUCCCCAAGCUGGGAGCUCCAGCAUGAGCAGCUCGUGCACCUGGAGCACAAGCAGUUCCUCUGGCGGCACAGAGCAGCUGCGAGAGAGGACAGAGGACGAGUGGCUGGCCAUGCUGAGGAUGCUGGUGAACAAAGGAGAUCCAGAGGCUAAAUAUACAGAUCUGGAUAUCAUUGGCAAAGGGGGUUUCGGCACUGUGUGCACGGCAGUGGAGACUGCCACAGGAGAAGAGGUGGCAAUAAAGAAAAUUAGUCUCCUGCAAGAGAGCAGCAACGAGCUAUGCGUGAAGGAAAUCCAGGUCAUGCGGGACAAUAAGAACAGCAACCUUGUGAGCUAUAUAGACUGGUGACUUCCUGGGCACGAGGAACUCUGGCUCGUGAUGGAAUACAUGGACGGAGGUUCCUUACACGAUGUCAUCAGGGAGACCAGGAUGGCAGAAGGAGAGAUUGCAGUCGUCUCUCGGGAGUGCCUGCAAGGCCUGGAUUUCCUUCACUCCCAUCAAGUCAUCCACCGAGACAUCAAAAGCCACAACAUUCUCCUGCGCUUGGACGGAUCUGUCAAGCUGGCUGAUUUUGGACUCGCUGCUCAGCUCACGGCUGAGCAGAGCAAACGGAGAUCAGCUGUCGGCACUACUUACUGGAUGGCGCCAGAGAUUUUCACCAGGAAGCCCUAUGGCCCCAAAGUGGACAUCUGGUCCUUUGGCAUCGUGGGCAUCGAGAUGGUGGAAGGAGCGCCUCCUUACCUGAUGAAAACCUCCUGUCACUCUAACACAAUCUACCUCGUUUCUUCUGCCUGGGAAGCUUGGUAA